AUACUGUGCCUGUAGUAUUCUGCCAGCCCUACGCUCUCCAGCCAUGGCAGAUUACGACCAUGACAACGGGCACGACAUCGACCACGACAUCGACCACGACAUCGCACGCCAGGAAAAAACUUUUGGGAGUGGUACCAGCGAGGAGUCGCAUAGAGUGGAGUUAUUCGAGCGUCCAAAGGGCCUCAAAGGCGUAUACUACCAUCCCGUAACUCAGGUCUGCUUGUUGGGUUUUGUCUGCUUCAUGUGUCCAGGCAUGUUCAAUGCGCUCACUGGCCUCGGCGGCGGCGGCCAACUCGAUGCUAGAAGCGCUUCAAACGCUAACGCGACUCUCUACUCCACUCUCGCCUUUUUCUCCUUUUUUGCUGGUUCUAUCAAUAAUGUCAUCGGGUCUCGGCGUACCUUGAUGUUGGGCUCCUGGGGUUAUUCAUUAUAUAUUGGUGCAUUUUUGGCCGUCAACAUCCAUCCUGGUGCUGGCGCUUUUGUAGUAGCAUCAGGCGCUGUCCUUGGUGUCUGUGCGUCCCUGUUAUGGACAGCUCAAGGCUCCCUUAUGUUGGCCUACCCAACUGAGGACCAGAAGGGCAAAUUUAUUGGCAUCUUUUGGGCGAUUUUUAACCUGGGGGGCGUGGUCGGAUCUGCGGUAUCUUUUGGCCAAAAUUUCCACUCGACAGCUGAUAAAGUUGGGAACGGUACAUAUAUUGGGUUCCUGAUUCUUACACUCAUUGGAGUUACGAUUCCUUUGCUUAUGGCUGAUCCGAACAAAAUGAUUCGCACCGAUGGGACAAGGGUCGUAACAAUUCGACAUCCGUCUUGGAAGACAGAGAUAUAUAUCCUCUGGGUGGCGCUCAGAACUGAUCCCUUGAUCCUUCUACUUUUCCCCAUGUUCUUCACUAGCAAUUACUUUUAUACUUGGCAAUUCAAUGGUUAUAAUCUUGCCCUCUUCAACAUUCGUGCUCGAGCUUUGAAUAAUUUUGUUUACUGGUCAUCUCAAAUCUUCGGCUCCUUGAUGAUUGGUUUCGUUCUUGAUCAAGAACAAUGGCGCCGUAGGGCUCGUGCAUUUGCGGGCUGGAUCAUCUUGAUGGUCAUGGUUUUCGCUGUGCAUAUAUGGGCAUAUUUUUAUCAGAAAACCUAUACCCGACAGUCAGAACCACCCGGUGGCGGCUACAAAAUGGAUAUCUACGAUAGCCAGUAUCCUGCCCACGUUUGGCUUAUGAUAUUUUACGGUCUGCUCGAUGCUAUGUGGCAGACAACUGCGUACUGGCUUAUGGGAGCAAUGUCGAAUGAUCCUGGUAAACUUGCAGUGUUUGCCGGAUUUUAUAAGUCAAUUCAAUCCGCUGGCGCAGCGGGCGUUUGGCGGGAGGAUGCGGUUGGACUUCCAUAUAUGAAUAUUUUUAUUUCUACAUGGGUGCUUGUUGCCGCUGGCUUGGUCUUUGCAUUACCGAUGAUCUACAUGCGUGUAAAAGACCAUACAGAAAUUGACGACGAAGUCCUCGCUCACAUGGCCCAUUUUGAAGAAAUGCGAAGACGACGAGAAGCUGAAAAUCAAGAGUAAAGAAUCCGAUGUAAUCCAUCUAUUGCAGAAGUGCUUAUUUAUCAUCUAAAACCUAUACCAUACCCUGUACAGCUAUUUGAGCUGCUUUGACGGUCGUGUUCCUCGUCAUGCUUGGAUGGGCAAGACACGCCGUUGUAAUUGAUUUCGGAUUGUGAUACCUAUUGCUGUAUAUAAGAUAGCUCUGGUAUAUAGUGUCCUGUUUGAGAAGAGAAAAUCUAUAUAUUAUAAUGACAUAUU